ACACGAUAUUUUGUACUCCACUCCGAUGUUCAUUACUUGUGCUCAUGGGCCAACACCCUUCCACAGUCACCCAACCCUUCCCCAAUAUGCUCCCUUCCCAUAUUCUUUUUUUUCAAGUCAUUCCAUCCAACCCCAACUUAACUUCUCACACAUGACACUAUCCCAACUUCUUACUGCAUGUACUCAACAACCACGCAUUCAUUUCCGACGAUUCUGAGCUCAUCCCAUAGAUGGGAUCCAGCUCUAUCUUUCUACAGAGAUUGGUACCAAACGGUCCAGCGAUUGAGCUCGUACUCAACAACCACACCUCCGUUUCGGAUGAACUUACGCUCGUUUGAUAU